AUGGUCACUUCUGAAGGAUCGUUUUCGGAAAGCUCGGAAAUUACAAGCACUCCCCGAGCAACAGCUUCAUUUUCCUCGCCUAUGCCUGCUGUUCCUGCAAGAUAUGUGUUAAAACCAGGUGAAUAUUUGCAUGAUAUUGAAGAAUCAGAAACGCUUUAUAAUUUCACACGACGCGUAUGUUCCAUGACUGUUUAUGGUUUAUUCUUUGAUUAUGCCACUGUUAUUUCCAAGGAUAUCAAGGAUUCAUCGGUUGUCUGUGAACAGCAUGGAGCAUUAAAUCGUUUUAAGGAUAUUCGAUGUCUUGAUCAGACUAGAGUUAUAGUCCCGCAUACAUCAGGCACGCAUGAUUACAUCAAUGCUAAUUAUGUGGAUGGAUUUCGAGAAGAGAAGAAAUUUAUUUUAACGCAAUCACCAAUGGAAAAUACCGUUGAGUCAUUUUGGGCGAUGAUUUAUCAGGAGAAUGUGGUUGAAAUUGUUGGAGUGACCAGUUUAUAUCCAGCAAAAACAUUUUUGUAUGUUCCACUAAAACGGUCAACUACCGCCACAUUCGGACCCUAUACUAUCAAAUUUUGCGGAUCACAAUUAAUUCGAGAUACCUACGAAGCGUCAGUAUUAAAGUUGAGAAAAAAAGGAGAUGAUGAAGAGCGAAAAAUCCUUCAUAUAUGCUUUUAUGCAUGGCAUGACAAAGGAACUCCAGAAAGACCAAGUGAAUUGCUUUAUUUGAUGGCCGAUAUAAAUUACAAUCAAAAGCUGUUCAUUAACGAAGCACAAAAAAGCGGCUGGCUAAAAAGUGGACAUUCACCAAUCGUUGUGCACUGUACAACCGGUUCGGGUAGAAGUGGUACAUUGGCUGUAUUGGAUAUUUGUUGCCAUAAAAUGGACUAUACCGAAAAAAUAAGUGGUAAUGUAUUAGUGGAUGUUCGAGAUACGGUACUUCGUGUCAGAACACAGCGUGACAAAGCGGUUACAAAACCGGAACAGUAUGUAUUGUUGCAUUUACUUGUGAUUGAAUAUGCGUUACGGCAGAAAUACUAUGAUGAUGUUGAUUUCAUCGAUUUUUCAAACUAUACCAGUGCUUCAUAA